AUGCUUGGUAUGUGGACCGCUCUACUGCUCCUGGCAGCACUAGUCGGUCCUGCGUUAGGGCAAAGUAACGCCACGCAAUCUGGUUGUGAAGUGUGUGCAAGUACUGGUGACUGCUCUCAGGCCUAUCGAGACACAGCGGGUCAGUUCUGCGGCCACUGGCUCGACCGCCAAAAUGCACGGCGCCCGUGCUGCUGUCCAGACAACAGCGUCUGCAGGGUCUCUAAUUACGCAUGUAACUGUAAUGAUGCUGGAAACGCAUACCCCUAUCGCGCACGUCAUGGAGGAGAAAAUCUCUUAUGGCUGUGGACUCUGCUCGGGUCGCUCGCGCUGCUUCUGUGUUGCUGUGGCAGCUGUUUCAUGAUGGCCAAGCGAAUGAAAGACCAAAGGAAUGCCAUUCCAUUUGCAGCUCCUGUAGCGAGUCCCGUUACUGAAAAUUUGUCGAGCCAGCCGUGUGAGACCACCUCGGCCGCGUAUGCUGGCACUCCAUACGAACCUGUGCGUACUGCCACAUCGCGCAUGAACAGCAGUUACUACGGCCAAGGUAGAAGUGGCGGUGGCAUGGGAGCUGGCACGGGUGCAGCACUAGGUGGAACGGCCGGUCUAAUUGGUGGACUGAUGCUUGGAGGGGCGCUAGCUGAUCACGGCGAUUCGUAUGGUUAUGGAGGUAGCUUUGAUGGUGGAGGUGGGUUUGAUAAUGGAGGUGGUUUUGAUGGAGGAGGUGGAGAUUUUGGUGGGGAUUUCUGA